AUGAGAUCCAAGAGCAGUGGGGUGGAGAGCCCAGCCAAUGGAGUACUCAGGGUUCCCCAGGCAACACAUGACAUCAACCAAGAAGAGGAAGUAAAUCUGCAUGCACCUAUAAAGAGCCUAAAGGUCAAAGUUCAACCAAACAGUGAGGAAGUGGAGGUGGUGGUGGUGGUCUCUGACAUAGAAAAGUCAACUGAGGACAGCUCGGGGACUAGUGACCAAAGACUGGGAAUCAUGAACUUUUCUAAAGAGGACCUUCUGAGGCUGCUAGGUGUCAUGGAAUGUGAGGUCCAGGUGAGUCUGACUCAUAUUGAUAAACUACCAUAUGCUCAUAUUGUACAUAGCUUCAUAGUUAACUGUGGGGUGAACCAUGAAUCUUGUCAGCUGGAAUGUUGUUUACUUGUAUUAUCCACUAGGUGGAAGGUAUUGCCAUGAUUCUAUUGUAAACCCUCACAAUACUAUAGUCCAAAAUGACCAUUUAUUUAGAAUUUCCCUACACUACAACUCUCUCUACUGGCUGAGGUUGGUACUAACACAGAGAAAACCUGUCUAAAUGCUGUUUUAUAACAUGCGAUUAAGGACUUGGAAGAGUAGUUAUUUGGUGAGCUAAAGGAGAUCCUAAUAAACAAUUGCAAGUUUUUUCUAGAAUACUAAGAUUGUGUGUUUUUGUUUGUGUAACCCCCAGGCGAUGGAGGAUGUUAUCUGUGUGCUGAAGACUGAGAAGACACGGAAGACUCUGGAGUCCCACUAUGGUUCUGCAGCUCCUACCACACCCCUCCAGGCCUUACAGAGAGACAGCCUUCUCACCAACAUACGGACACACAAUGACAGUGUCUACCAGAGGCCAAUGGCUGAAGUUAGUCACUUACUGACAGAUACUUAUUAACCUUAUUAAGUGUUUAUAACAUUUAUUGACUGUAGUAUUCUUUUUUACUUUCUUCAUACAGACAAAUCUGGUUCUCAAGUGUUGAAGAUCAUUAUUAUUUUUUAUUAUUUUGCAUUAUUUUAUAAAUGUCUUUGUUUUACAGUAAGGAUGCAUAGGUCAACAAGACUUAAGUGCAGUAGUUGACUGAAUAGUCAGAGUAACAGUUUCAUAAGAUUCUGUGUUGUGUGUGUGUCUCAGCUGGACCAUCUACAGGAGAAACACAAGGACACGUACCGGCGCAUGCUGGAACAGCUUCUAUUGGCUGAGAAGUGUCACCGGCGCACCGUGCACGAGCUGGACAGUGAGAAACGCAAACACACUGACUACAUGAGCAAG